AUGACCGCGGCAAACUACGGCUCUGCUAUCGAAAUACUUCGCAAGCGAUAUGGCAAAACCGAGGCUAUACAGCGGUCGCACAUUAACGACCUACUUAACCUGUCGCCUGUUUUUAACGAUGGGGACUUAACGAGGCUGAGGCGGUUCUACGAUGUAGCGGAAACUCAUUUCCGAGGGCUAGAAGCUCUAAAUGUAAAUGAAACAAGUUAUUCGGGGAUCGUGGUACCGGCCCUGCUACAGAAGUUGCCGAACUCGUUCCGGCUCAAAAUCACCCGUGGAUACCAAGACUUCAUGUCAUGGAGUAUGGAAAGACUGUUGGCUGAGAUACGAGCGGAGGUAGAGCUGAGAGAAGAGCAAAAGCCGAUUUCUUCUGAGGCAAGUAACAAGAAACCACAAGACGAUAUGCAAAGGCAAACAAGCGGGAGCGCAUUAUUUGUUGAAGCUAAUGGACAGGGGACGUGUGUUUAUUGUCUUGGAAAACACAAGUCAGAGAACUGUGAGAGAUUCAAGUCACCGGGAGAGCGAAAGAAAAUCUUGGUUAAGUAUGCUUUACAAACAGCGCAGGGCAUUGUUAGCUGGGAAGGGGGCGUAUCAGCUAGGACAAGGUUUUUGUUUGACGCCGGAAGUCACCGCUCAUUCAUCACGGCGUCGGCAGCGCGCAAAGCCAAACUUCCUGUCGUUAGGCGUGAAUGGCUUUGCAUUAACGCGUUUGGUCAGCGCGACCAGAAAGGCACGCUCAGAGAGGUGGUAGAGUUUAAUAAAGGACGAGUAAUUCGAGGCAAAGUAGAGGAACCCGUCGCCAUAGAGACAGAGUUAGGAUGGGUAUUGUCAGGCCCUAUGACAGUAGAUAGUGAAUGUGUAGAGAAUGUACAGAUAGUACAGGCUAAUUUGUUAGUCCAAGACUGGUCAGCAGAGCAAUCAGAGAGUUUGGAGAGUGAGAUAGCGAGACUGUGGGAUUUAGAGACCUUAGGUAUUAGAGAGACACAGGGAGUACAGGAAGAAUUUCUGGAUAACAUUUGUUUCAAUGGAGAGAGGUAUUCGGUUAAGUUACCAUGGAAGGUCAACCACAGAUCGUUACCUACUAAUUACGAAAACAGCCUAGGACGUCUUCAUGGCACAAUGAGAAAGCUUAGGCAAGAGCCAGAAGUGCUAGACCAGUACGAGGCAGUAAUCAAGGGUCAGUUAGAGUCGGGAGUGAUAGAGCCGGUUCAUGCGUUAGAAGAUGGUAACAAGAUCCAUUACUUACCACAUAGAGCGGUAGUGCGUAGGAAUGUUGCUACUAGUACACCGGUAAGAGUGAUCUAUGAUGCGUCGGCGAAGACAGGUAAAAAGGGCGUGUCGCUCAACGACUGUUUACACGUUGGACCGUCUCUCAACCCCCUCCUAUUUAAUGUGUUGCUGAGAUUCCGUCUCCACAGGGUAGCCCUCAUAGCAGAUAUCGAGAAGGCUUUCUUGAAUAUCGAAGUCGACCCUGGAGACCGAGAUUGUUUACGAUUCUUAUUCCCAGAGGACCCGAGAAGGGAGGAUUCCGUAAUCAAGGUAUACCGGUUUUGUAGAGUGGUGUUUGGUCUGAACGCCUCGCCAUUUCUAUUGAAUGGAACCUUGAGGCACCACCUCGUGAAGUUUAAAGAGAUAGAUCCUAAGUUUGUAGAGAUGUUAGUCAACAGUUUUUAUGUAGAUGACUUGGUGACAGGGAGUAACACCCCGGAAGAGGCGUAUGAGUUAUACGUGAAGUCCAAGUCGAGAUUGGCAGAAGGUGGGUUUAACCUGCGCAAGUGGCAGACUAACGAUAGCGAGCUUAGAGGUAGGUUGGAUGUAAGCAAAGGGAGAUGUAUGCCAGGUAGUCAAGAAGGUGUGGCUCGUGGUAAGACUAGCCAGGGCGUGGCAAGCGACUGUGAUAUUCAGAAGGUGUUAGGCCUACCCUGGAAUAGCAGUAGUGACACUAUAGGACUCACAUUUGGCCACCUGUAUGAGAAGGCGCAACAGUCGCCAGCGACGAAGCGAAAUGUGCUAAGUGUUCUUGCAGGUAUGUUCGAUCCCCUAGGAAUAGUAAGCCCAGUAACUGUAGCUGCAAGAAUCCUUUUUCAGACCCUGUGUAGAAUGACCGAGUUAACCUGGGACGAGGAAUUGACUGGAGAGGUAAGGAAAGAGUGGGAGGCCUGGGUUAAAGACCUAGGAAAUUUGAUGAGUGUUGAAGUACCUCGGUGCGUAUUGGACACGUCCAACCGUAAGGUGCAGAUUCACGGGUUUGCUUAUGCGAGUCGCAAGGCGUACUGUGCCGUCGUAUACCUCGUAUACGACAUGGGGGGAGAGAGGCAGGUAAGGUUACUUUGCAGCAAGACUAGAGUGGCCCCCCUUAAAGAGAUGACAAUCCCCAGGUUAAAGCUAAUGGCCGCGUUAAUCCUUGCCCGUCUAGUCAGCCAUGUUAAAGAAGCACUAAGCACACUCAUUGAAGUAGAAAGGGAGGUGUACUGGUCAGAUAGCAAAACAGUGUUAUACUGGUUGGCGAACAAAGGUGAGUGGAAACAGUUCGUUAAGCACAGAGUAGAUGAAAUUUUGCAGCUGACUAGGAACGGUGAGUGGAGGCAUUGCUCGGGAGAGCAGAACCCGGCCGACAUUGGGUCACGGGGUGCACUCGCCUGCAAACUCAAGAGUAGUGCACUGUGGUGGAAUGGCCCACACUGGCUGACUGGUCCCGAACAGGGAUGGCCAGCAUUACAGAUCGAGAGAACGCCAGCUGGGGCGGAAGAGGAGAAGGGCACUGUAAGUAUGGUAGUCAACACCAGAGUACCGAAGAGUGACAUAUCUAGUGUAAUCAACCCUAACAUUGUCAGUAAUUGUAGCAAGUUGUUCAAGGUAACAGCGUAUGUUCGGAGAUUCAUGCACAAUGUUAGGGCAGAGAAAGUAGAAGACAGGAUGACAGGCAGGUUAUCUAGAGAGGAGAUGACGAACUCAGAGCUAGAGUGGAUAAAGUCAGCGCAAGUAGACUUGACGCAACAAGCGACGUUUAAUCAGGUGACCAAGCAGCUAGAUUUAGUAGAAAAAGCAGGCAUACUUAGAUGCAGAGGGAGACUGGGUAAUUCCGAGCUUGCGACAGACGCUAGAAUGCCCAUAAUAUUACCGAGAGAUCACAGGCUGACAGAGCUGGUUAUACUAGACUGCCAUAGUAAGUUACACCACAGUGGUGUUAGCGGCACCUUAGCGCAGUUGCGGACAAGGUUCUGGGUUCCGAAAGGUAGACAAGUUGUGAAGAAGAUAGUGCAUAGGUGUGUCACGUGUAAGAAGCUAGAAGGCAGGGCAUAUGCGCCGCCUCCCGUGGCGGAUUUACCAGGCUUUAGAGUCACGCAGGCAGAGCCAUUCUCCAAAGUAGGAGUAGACUUUGCAGGUCCUCUCUAUUACAAGAGUAGCACAGGUAUGAUGCAGAAUGCGUAUGUGGCACUUUUCUCGUGUUGCGUGACACGAGCAUUAUAUCUCGAUUUAGUGGUAGAUUUAGAGGCUUGUACUUUCAGGAGAUGCCUUAGAAGGUUUGCAGCCAGGAAGGGAGCUCCAACGCUGAUAGUGUCAGACAAUGCGAAAACGUUCAAAGCCGCAGCAAAGGCCCUGAGGGAGCUAUAUGACUACCCAGAGGUACAAGCCUAUUUAGAGGUCAACAGAGUAUCUUGGCAAUUCAACCUAGAGAAGGCUCCAUGGUGGGGUGGGUUUUACGGGAGAAUGGUAGGAAGCGUCAAGCGGUGUUUGAGGAAGACCUUGGGCGAGGCACGAUUGACCUAUGAUGAGCUAAUUACAGUUUUGGUGGAGGUCGAGAGAACACUGAACGACAGGCCGCUUACAUAUGUGUACGAUGAGGUCGGAGAGGUGGAGCUUACACCAGCCCAUCUAAUGUAUGGCAGACGACUAAAUAGCUUUCCAGACGAGGUAGUAGAGCCAGACGAUGUAGCGAAUCCAGACCACAACAGUCGGUUUAGGUAUGUGAGUGCUAAACUCUCCCAUUUUUGGAAGAGAUGGAGUAAGGAGUAUCUAGCUAGCCUUCGAGAGUUCCAUCGUAGUAGUCGUGUCACCGGGCAUCAUAGGGAGACAGUUCAAGUAGGAGAUGUAGUGACAGUGCACGAGGACGGCAGUAAGAGGAGUCAGUGGAAGAUGGCGGUAGUAGAGAAGUUGAUCAAGGGCAGAGAUGACGUAGUGAGAGGAGCGCAAGUUAGACUUGUCAAGAAGGGCAAGCCAUCUCGCCUGGACAGACCAGUCCAGAGACUCUACCCCAUAGAAGAAGUUAGGUGCGCGGACUCGACAGUGAAUCGCAGCGCGUGCGCGGACAGGAGCGUGCAUACCAGAGCCAGGUCCACUCGAGCCGCAGCAUUGCACGCGCAGAAUAGAAUCGCGAUCGGGGCUUUGCUUGACUCCUAA